UCCUGUGCAGUCAUAUCACUUCCUCUCCUCCUUUUGCUCCACUCAGAGUAACAACCUACAGUUUUCUUGUCUGUCUCAUUUUGUCUGUUACUGAUUACCACAGCGCUAGAGUGACCGGACCUUGAGUCGUCGUCAGUUGAAUAGAGAUACCCUCGUUUGCACGGCUGUGGAGAAAUCACCCCUCUGUGUAGGAUGCUUCGGCGGAAAUCUUCCAACGCUUCUGAGAAGGAGCAGGGGCAGAAAAAGAAGCUCACUCUCCAGAGGUCCAGCAGCUUUAAAGACUUCAUGAAGCCAAAGCCCUCCUCCCCCACAGUGGUAGACAAGCCAUUUCCCCUGGAAGAGACUGAGGUCCCAGAGGAUUCUGGGAAGAGCACAGGUAAACUAGGGAAGACGUGGCGGGCCGUCAUCUCACGCACCAUGACCCGCAAGACCUCCAAGAUGGUCCAGAAGGCCCUGGCAGAGGAAGGGAUGGAAAGCACUGAAGAAGGUUCCAUGUCCCCCUUGUCUUUCGAUGGGAUUCCUGACCUACGUCCAGGACAGCGAAGCUCUGUGUGUUCCACCGAGUCAGAGGACAGACUGCACAGUCCCCUGCAGCGCCAGAUCUCAGGCUGUGGAGACAGGCACAGUCUGGAUAGCGGCUACAGUCAGAGAGACAGCAUGAGGCUAGAAGACGUCCCCUACAACGGCCCCUUCUGUGGCCGCGCGCUCGUCCACACAGACUUCACUCCCAGCCCCUAUGAUAUGGAGACCCUCAAACUCCAGAAAGGGGACAUUAUCGAGAUCAUUGAAAAGCCCCCCGUGGGCACCUGGACAGGGAAGCUCAACAACAAAGUGGGCUCCUUCAAGUUCAUCUAUGUCACUAUCCUACCUGAUGAGGCAACACCCCCCAGGCGAAGGAGGAGGAGCCACCACAGUAAGAACUGUAAACCCAAAUCCCAAUCCCUGGAGGAGGUAUUGGAGAGGAUCAACCUGACAGAGCUGGGCUCUCUUCUGUCCUUCCAUGGCUUCCAGAGCGUGGAGGACUUCAGGGGGCUGAAGGAGUCGCAUCUUAAUGAGCUCAACAUCACAGAUCCUGAGCAGCGUGUCAAACUCCUGACUGCUGCUGAGCUCCUGCUCGACUGUGACUCUGAGGGUGAAGAUGAGGUUGUGGAGGAGGGGGCCACAGAGGAAGAACCAGAUAUGCCCCGGGAUUCGGGCUGCUUUGAAAGCACUGAGAACCUGGAAAAUGGCCGUGAGGAUCCAGACAUGAAAGCACAACUGGAGAAGGAGUCAGAAUCCACACUCAGUGGGAUUCUGGAGGACAUGGAGGCCCUGUCAGUGAAGGAGGAGCCCUGAGAGUUGAUUUGGAUCAAACUUACACGACAUCUCCUGAGAUGGAACAUUUGUCUUGGUCAGGACGGGGCACUAUUAACUGAAGGACAAGAAUGUCCUGAAAAGUGACCACAUUCUUCUAAUACUGAACCAAAGGCAUCAUGAAAGUCAUGUUUAAUCCAGUGUUAGGUUUUUGAAACGAUUUUUAGCAAGGGGUUUAUGUGUGGAGGUACACCUUCAUGCCUUCAUGUCUUGAAAGCAUCUGCAGCACAAGACGAGAAAACCCUUCCUUUGUUUUCCUAAAGAAUAUUUUUCUGUGCUAAACGGCCUCUACAUUAACCUUCUCUAAUAUAAAUGCAGUGGAAGAGUUACAAAAGAGGCAUUGUGCAUUUUUACCUGCACAAACUAGUACAGUCUGUUAUUGUAAUUAAUAUUCUGUUAUUGUGUGGAUUGCAAUGUUACAUUUUUUUGUAGAGAUAAGACUAUUAACAUAUGUCCAAAAGGCCUCCAGGAAAGCAUAAAGGUUUUCAAUGUUAAAAAUAGGCUAAAAAUAGUAUCCCAUUCAAAAUUAAUUGUAGUAUAACUUGCUGUAUAAUAUUACACACCUUGUUGUGUGACAUACUGUUUCCUCUGGGGUCAAGUAAAAUUUUCGACCAACCAUUACCUUCAAUAUCUACGUUUACAGACUAUAAAUGUAUAUAUUUUUAUGUCCAUCACGUUUCAAUUUUACUGAUGAUAUAGUAUUUUAUAUCGACAUGUCUGUCAUUUUUACUUUUUUGCUUGUACAUGAAUUCAAAUUCUUAUGAAAGUAAUGUUUUCCUGAGUAAUAACUUUUUCUGUAGAAAGACUUGACAAAUUUAAUAAAGGGUUUAAUAAAGUAAAA